AUGAGCGGCGAGCCAGUCACAGUCUUCGUCUCUGAUGACCUGGCGCCAGCCGACCGCCCCUCGCCCUCCUUCGGCGGUGACAUAGGAGUGGGCGGGAUCAGGGGACCUCCCGCCGACCCUCCCUCCGCUCUGCCCCCGUGCAAGCUGCCUCGGCGCCCCCCGGACCUCUCCUCCCGCCUCGCCGCCGUGCUGCAAAACAUCAACCCGCCACGCCCUGCGCCCUCCCCCUGGCGAAACCCCCCCAGCUUGCCCAAGCCGGGCCUCCCUUCUGCAGCCACACCUGCAGCUCCCGCUGCCACUGCGUCUAUCUCUGUUGCUCAGUCGUUCCCCAUGCCAGGUUCCUCCACUGCAGCAGCAGCAGCAGCAGCAGCAGCGAUUCCACCAGCAGCAGCAGCAGCAGCAGCAGCGAUUCCACCAGCAGCAGCAGCAGCAGCAGUAGCAGCACCAGCAGUUGCAUCAUCAGCGGUAGCAGCAGCAGCUGUAGCGGUAGCAGUGGCUUCUGCAGUGUCUUGUAUACAGCCGCCUGCUUAUGGAUAUGACCAGGGAGCGCAAUGGACGACAUCCAGUUCGGACAACAAUGCAAUUAGCAGGAUUCGCCUCAGUACGGCACACAGCAACCCACAGAGCACCGCUGCAGAAAGUGCAGAGCCCAGCGUAGCAAGCAGGGCGUUCCUCCCCGUUCCUCACGUUGCUGCAUUCGGCCCCGAGAGGCCCCUGCGAGUGGAUGCGUCGGGCACGCUGCCACGGCCCAUGUGUGGCGCGAAAGAGGGCAUGCUGAAGCAGCAGCUCAUGGCUCUCGCCGAAGCCAUGGCCGUUGAUGACUCGGUGCACCCAUGUGUAAUCUACAGCAGAAGGGGACACCUCAUUCACACACCUUUCCCCUUCCCUUGCAUUCCCCUGUUCCUUCCUUCUCGCCCUCCCGGCCUUCCACCUGCCUCCCCUGUCCCGACACUUCCCCACCAGGUGCGGUGGCGGCAGUUCAUGCGGCAGGUGCGGAGGGAGGCGGCACCGGGGGGGGACACGCUGCAGCGCAUCGCCUUCCAUGCCUUGGAGGCGCUGCAGGCGCGCAUGGAUGGCACCGCGCUCACAAGAUGGCAAACCCCCUUGAACAUCACUCUUCAGGUACUUGCCUUCUCCGCUCCCCACCUUCCCCACUCCCCACCUUCCCCACUCCCGACCUUCCCCACUCCUCAUCUUCCCCUCUCCCUCCCUCUCCCCCCUCCGGGCAAUGACUCAAUGGCAGUGUUGGGCCAUGGCAACGAGCAUGGAGUGCCGGCAUUCAUGCACCUCGCCAACAUUGCAGCCGUGCAUGAAGUUGUUCGCGCCUUCACCCACCAACCACAACAACACACACACGCACAUGCACAGAGUCGCGGCCACCCACACGCCCCCCACCCUGCUUCUCUCCCCCAGCCUGCCCCUGUCCCUCCUGUUGCCUCACACUCUGCCGGCCAGUCCGUGCGGCGGCGGCGGCUGCACAUCAUAGCCGUUGGAUUCUACGGCGGGCCACACUGGAUCAACAUCCUCAUGCGCCUCGCCGCCCACUUCUCCACCCUGCCCCUCCUCCCCGCCACCGCCAAUGCCGCCCCUGCCGCCGCCACCCCUGCUGCCGUCUCCCCUGUGGCAGGCAGCAAUAGCUCUACCAGCAGCGGCAGCACGAGCGGCAGCAGUGGGAGCACUCACCCCGCACCCCACACUCCAAAUCCUCCCACACCUCCUUCACAAACGACCCACACCUCAUCCCCGACCAAUGCUGCUCCUCCACCCCGCCCCACGGUCCACGUGAGAAUCACAGCCGUUGAUUUCGGAAUCAUAAGAGUGGAGGAGUAUCCAACGGGCCUGGUGCAUCUGGGUGGGCAGUACCUGGAGCAGGUGGCAUCUAUGCUCGGCCUCUCUCUCACAUUUCACGGCAUAGAAACAACCCCUCACGACUUCCACCCGUCGCAAGUGGAGGUGGAUGAAGGGGAGGAGGUGGUGGUGCUGGCCAAUUGGGGCCUCAUGGUCUUUCCAGACGACACGGUCCUUCGCUCCAAUCCCCGCAACUCCAUCCUCAAGUGGAUCCGCGACCUGCGCCCUCUGCUCCUCCUCCAGGUCGACAUUGAUUUGGACGCCAACGGCCCCUUCUUCCUCUCGCGCUUCCACGCUGCCUUCGCCAACUUUGCGGCGUUCGUCGAGUCGUUUGAUGCCACCAUGCCGCACUCCGCCACGCCACGCUUUGUCGCGGAAUCCAUCCUGGCGCGGGACUUUAUGAAUGGGAUUGCAUGCGAGGGCAUGAACCGAUGGCUGCGAGCAGAGCGGCUCGAGAAAUGGGUGCAUCGAAUGGGAACAAUGGGGCUGGAGCCGGUGCCUAUAGGGCCGGACACGGUGGUGGCUGGGAGGGAGAUCACAGAGGGGAAGGAUGGGCGGUUCCGGCUGGAAGUGCAUGGAUUGGCCCUUGUGAAGGAGAUCACAGUGGGGAAGGAUGGGAGGCGGUUCAGGUUACAAGUGCAUGGUGAGCGCAGUGCCCUGCUGCUCAGCUGGCGUGACGUGGCAUGGCCGGACACGGUGGCGGCUGGGAGAGACAAGAGGUUCCGGCUGGAAGUGCAUGGUGAGACGGGCGCUCUGCACCUCAGCCGGUGCGGCGUGCCUUUGAAUUCGUGGCCGCCUGGAGAUGAGUUGGGAGUUGCUGCGUUCCACAACUUGGCGGAGCAGUGGGAAGGGCAGCAUAGCCAAGCUCAUGAAUACAAGACAGGUCUUAUCAAACCAGGGUUUCAUAAUCUGUGCU